AUGGCGACUCUACAAGACCGUUUCAAUAUCAACAGUCAGCUGGAACACUUGCAGGCAAAACACAUUGGAACUGGUCAUGCAGAUUUGAGUCGCUUUGAGUGGGCGGUGAACAUCCACCGGGAUAGCUAUGCCUCGUACAUUGGACACCACCCUAUUCUUGCCUACUUUGCCAUCGCAGAAAAUGAAUCCAUCGGCCGCGUGAAGUACAGCAUGACGCAGAAAAUGCUUCUGCCGUGUGGCGUACCGCCUGAGAAGGAGGAGGAAGUCUGA